GUCAGAACUCUAUUUCAAUAAUAUAUCUUGUCUUUCUUUUCCUUUUUUUCAAUUUCGUCGUUACCGUCACCUAAUAGAAAACAUAUUGCAAAAAAAAGAAAAUAACAAAAUAACAUGAUUUUCUCGAGACGGGAAAAAAUCAGAACACGAAUCUUCAAAGUUUUUACAUAAUAUCUUCCAUGAGAUUGUUACCACGUCCCAAAUCGUCUAGACAAACACUUUCUUUGACCUCUGAGUCUUUCUUUGAUAUGGUUAUCUGAAGCACAGAAAAAGUACUUUCUUGUUGAUAUAAUUGAUUCAAGAUACUGUACAGUCAAGUCAAAGCUACAAGAUCAUGUUUCCAGGUUUUAUCUAUUGCCGAUUUAGGGGAAAUCUCAUAUACUGAGGUUUAUGAAUGGCUUAUUGAGGCCGAGUCUUUCCUAUUGAGUAUUUUGUGUAUAAAACUCAUCAAUUAUGGGUGAAGGUGAUUUGAGCUUUACAAGAUCGGUGUUUACUGCUUUAUUGUGUUUGUUAAUGUUAUCGCAUCCAAAUGAAACUUCUGCGUCAUCAUCCUUUGUGGGCUCAAGCAUUUGUCAGUCUGAUCACUUAAUCUACACGAAGCCUUAUCAAAAAGGGGUUUUGUUCACAAUUAAUGGAAAUCCGGUAGAUAGAGUCCGCUUUUGCGAAGCCAUACGGUUUCACAAAGCCAAAGGUUGUAUCCUUGGGGGCUCUUUUAGAGGCGACUUAUGCACAGCUCACUCUCUACUAGGGAGAAGGUUUCUGGAAGAAAAAUCUGUAGAUGAUUCCCAAAAUAUUGAGUCUGAAUCUGAAGAUCAACAUGUUAAAGUCACCUUGGCGGCAAGCGGGUUUCUUCUCUUUUGUUGUGGGAUCUGUUGUCCCUGCUUUCAUAAGGAGAGGAAAGCAAAUAGUCACGAAGUACUACCUAAGGAAUCUAACUCAGUGCACCAAGUUUCCUUUGAAAUGAGCCCUUCUUCUGAUAAGAUUCCGCCAAGUCCAUUCCGGUCACCACCAAGUCCGUCCCGCGUACCUCAAAGCCCAUCGAGAUAUGCAAUGUCCCCAAGACCUAGUAGGAUGGGACCAUUGAAUCUGACCAUGAGUCAGAUUACGGCAGCAACCGAUAGUUUCGCAGACAGUAAUCAAAUUGGUGAAGGAGGCUUUGGGAUAGUCUAUAAAGGCAUUCUAGAUGACGGCCAGGUUGUUGCCAUUAAACGAGCAAAAAAGGUACAUCGAUAUUUCUUCAGUUUCAGUGUUCAUGGAAGCAUACUCAAUUUCAAUCAGAGGUUGGAGAUUGUGAUCGAUGUUUGCCAUGGAUUGACUUAUCUCCAUUCUUAUGCAGAAAGACAGAUAAUCCACCGUGACAUAAAAUCCUCCAACAUUCUUCUCACGGAUAGCAUGAGAGCCAAAGUGGCAGACUUUGGUUUUGCAAGAGGUGGUCCAGCUGACUCUAACCAGACCCACAUUUUGACCCAAGUGAAAGGAACAGUUGGUUAUCUCGAUCCCGAGUACAUGCGGACUUAUCAACUCACCGCGAAAAGCGAUGUUUACUCGUUCGGGAUCUUGCUUGUGGAGAUACUCACUGGCCGUCGCCCAGUGGAAGCCAAGAAACCUCAUGAUGAGAGGAUUACAGUUCGAUGGGCAUUCGACAUGUACAAUGAAGGGAAAUUGUUUGAACUAGUGGAUCCAAAGGCGAGGGAACGAGUAGAUGAGAAGAUACUAAAGAAGAUGUUCAGUUUAGCGUUUCAGUGUGCUGCUCCUACACGAAAAGAGAGACCAGACAUGGAAGCUGUUGGGAAGCAGCUUUGGGCUAUAAGAUCAUAUCUCAGGCGGUCAAUGGAAUAAAGAAAAGUAAUUGCUUUUCACACGUUACAGCACUACUGCAAUAGUCUCUGUUGUGUUGUUGGAUGAUAUACCUCUUUUACAUUUUGCUAUCAGACCAUUUCUUAUCCACUGCCCCACUGGCUUUAUUCGGAGAGUAUAUUGACAUGAAAUUAGAUACCUGAAGAUUCUCGCACAAGCCCAUGAGCAGGUAGUAGAUGUUGAUUUCUGAAGAUGUAAACUCUAUAUACGUUAAUCUAUCUAUUACUAAUAAAAGUUGAUCCUAAAUGCCUCUAAGGGUGUUCAUAUAUGAUUUAAAGAUUCAAU